UAUUGCCAUUUAUAUAAAAAACGAUUUUCUUUUGUAAAACUUUCAUUAAAACAUAUUUUCGGGGACAAAGAAUUUAGCAUGUGGUCAAGCUUCUAUUUCAAAUGCUCUUCGCUCUUUUCACCACCUUAGAAUUUUCUUCUGAUCUUCUAUCCGUCUUUCAUUUCAACUCUUUAACCCUCACCGAUAAAGCCGCAAAUUCAUUUCAUAAAACAAAUUCACGGUGAUUUCUCCUCUUAACAUAUUUUCAAAGUUUUUCAAACAAAUUUAAAAAAAAACGGAAUAUGAAAAAUAAGCUACACCUCUGCAUUGUUUGGUUCUGCGCUGUAUAGUCCGAUUUUGCUCGCCGGCAUUUUUUGUGCAAUGUCCAGCACUUCCAAGGUGGUGUUUUUGGCCGCUUGUGCGGGAACGGCCGGAAUCAUCGGUUAUGUCCACUAUCGUCAGAACUACGAUAGGGCAAAGCUGCAUGAGGGAGUCAUUCGGGACAUCCAACGGCAGCAGCAGCGGAAAAUCGAGAACACGUACAACCUGCAGCAACAGAUCGAGCUAACGAAACAGCUACGGCACGAGCUGGAGGAAUCGGAGAAAAAGCUCAACUAGGAUGCGGUGAUGAUUGUACAAAUAGAAUCGUAUUAGAUGACGUUAAUGUUUUAAUGUUAAUUAAGGUACCUACUUAUCUUA